AUGUCUUGUUCCUCAACAGUUGUAACUCCACCCAAAGUACCAGUUAUUCAAUACCGAACCAAUCAAAGCAACACCAGCAGAAGGCAACAAUUAGAAAAUCAAGCCUUCUCAUUGCUCCAAGCCUGUACCUCCUUCAAGCAAGUGGUUCAAAUUCACGCCCACAUAAACCGCAACUCCAUCCACCAAAACAACUUCGUUGCCACAAAGCUUGUCUCUCGGUGCUUCUCCUUUCACAACCCUUCUUAUGCCACUCGUGUCUUCGCUCAAGUACCCGACCCAAAUCACUACUUGUGGAACACUAUGAUCAAGGGCUUUGUCCAUGCUGAAUCCUACGAAGAUGCCCUGAAGUUCUACCUCAAAAUGGUUAACCACGGCUCCAAAUCCAAUAGUUUCACUUACCCAUUUGUCCUCAAAGCAUGCGCGGAGCUAACUGCGUUUGAGGAAGGCGAGGUGGUUCAUGGUCAGCUUUUGAAACUGGGUUUCAGUUCUGAUGUUUAUGUCCAGACUUCAUUGAUAGAUAUCUAUGGGUCUUGUCAUCAUAUUGUGGCUGCACGCCAGGUUUUUGAUAGAAUACCUGAGAGAGAUAUCGUUGCUUGGAAUGUGAUUCUUGCGAGCUAUGUCCGAUGUGAUUUGGUGGGGAUUGCGAAGGAGUUGUUUGAGUACAUUCCCGGUAAAAAUGUUUCUUCUUGGACUACCAUGAUUGGAGGGUAUGUUCAAGUUGGGGACUACAGGAAGGCUCUGGAAAUGUUUCGCCGAAUGCAAAUAGAGGGUGUAAGACCUGAUAAAAUGACAAUUGUAACUGUUCUUUCUGCUAUUGCUGAUUUGGGUUCUUUGGAUUUAGGUAAAUGGGUUCACGACUAUGUGAAAAGCAAUGACAUAGAGAUUGAUGAUUUCAUGGGGACUUCUCUGAUUAAUAUGUAUUCCAAGUGUGGAAGCAUAGAUGAUGCUCGGGAAGUGUUUGUAGGGAUACGAUUGAAAACAAUUACAUGUUAUAAUGCCAUGAUCACGGGCUUUGCAGUGCAUGGAUUGGGUGAGGAAGCUAUCAAGGUGUUUAAAGAAGCUGAGAGAACUGGAAGCGGUAUAGAUGACAUCACCAUGAUUGGGGUGUUGACUGCUUGUAGUCAUUCAGGCCUAGUUGAAUUGGGUCGUAUGUAUUUUCAUUCAAUGAGGGAGCAUUAUGGUAUUGAGCCAAGAAUGGAGCACUACGGAUGUAUGGUAGAUCUAUUGGGAAGGGCUGGUCAGUUUGAUGAGGCAAUGGAGAUCAUUGACUCAAUCGAGGCAGACCAAGUAAUGUUAUAUGCAUUGGCUUUUGCUUGCAGGAUCCAUGGCCAUGUGGAACUUGGAGAAGAGCUAGCUAGGCGAAUGACUAUGCUAGAUCCAACGAAUAGUGGGUUGUUAGUACUGAAAUCAAAUUUGUAUGCAGUGAAUGGAAGAUGGGAAGAAGCUGCUGGUGUUAGAAGAUUGAUGGAGAACAAUGGGAUCCAGAAGAAACCAGGUUGUAGUUGGAUUGAGGUGGACGAUGUGGUUCAUGAAUUUGUUGCAGCUGAUGAUUCUCACCCAUGUUCAGAGGAAAUCAUCUCCAAAGUAGCAGAGCUGAGUGAACAGAUGAAAUUGUUUUCACCAAGAGAGUUGUUGGUAGAAGACAUGCGGUCAACAAUGUAG